AUGGACAACCGGAUUUUAGGACCGCGCCGGGCGAUAUUUACCCAACAAAGGGGUUAUCUUGUCCGUCAGUCGUCGCUGGGACAGAGCCGUCGUCGCAUCGUAUCGGGUGGACAAGAGAACAUUCAAAGAGGCUCUAGGCGUCGAAGUUCACUAAAUAGAGGUCAAAAUCGGACGCCAACAUUCGAAAUUGAUUUGCUUGGGUUUUCAUUACACUCAAUGAAGAUACAUUCAUUUUUUAGAGUCACUACAAAUACAAUACAAUAUUGUCCGGAAAAAUAA